AUGGCCACAGUCACGCCUGCAAACUACAAUGUGCCCACCCCGGCAGUGCCGACUUUGGGCACAAUGUUACCAACGGCUACCUCCGGCCCGGCUGCGGGUGCAUCGGCGCCAUCUGGCAAACCCAAUGUCACCGCCCUCCUCGCCCACCUCCCACCAGCGGCACUCCGAAAAGUCUCGGCGUUUGUGUCAGCGCUGUCUGCGCACCUACCCGCGACGAACCCAGACAGCGAGCCAUGCAGGCGAGUCCUGCAGCUCGCGUACUGGGACAUGGUGGCGGAUUACGAUCUGGCACGCGCACAGGCUUGUGCAGCUUUUCGCCGAGGGCUCGCUGAGCGCGAUGCCGCCCGGGAAAGGGAGAAGCUCGCCGGCAGUGGCAAAGCUGCUGCUGCGCGCGACUGCUUCAUGACGCGGUUUGCCAAGCGCAUUGGGGGCGGCGGUGCGGCCGACGACACAACUACGGCGUCUGCAGAGACGGACGAGGACCCCAACGAAUCCGCUCGCGUGAGCUCAAUUCGCCGGUGGUGUGCCCAGGUUCGUCGCGCCUGCCGCGAGGGAUGCGAAAGCGUCUGCAACUCUGGCAAUGCCAGUGCUGCCGGUACGGGUACGCAUACGUCGCCAGCGACGUCCACAACGGCUCUGCUGCCUCCCACUUCAGACGCGACGUUGGCCGUCGGCGAGAAGUCAGAUGGCGUAAGCGGACCUCUCCCCUCUGAGGAACCGUGUGCUGAGCGGCCCUCGGCGCACCUCAAGCGCUCUUGCUCGGCUUCUGGAGACGAAUUCCUUUGCAAGCGUGCUCGCGCAUGUGCCGCUGCCGCCCCCGACGCGUCCAACGCAAUGGACGUUGACCCCACCUCUCCCGCCACGACCCCGGCGACCCUCCCCCCCGCUCCUCCCGCCGACCGUACCACCUCCGCCGCUGCUCCCGGUGCGCCCGCACCUACCAAGGUGGACGAGAACAAGCUCGUCUCGGCCUUGUACGCCUGUUACGUCAUCAACGUCGCCAUGUCUGUCAAACAUGGCGUGCAACGCCCCCGAAUCGUCGGGCUCGUCAAGAACAUGCUUGCAGCCACAAACUUGAACCUGCCGUUUGGCAACCUUGACCUCGGCUCUGCUUGUGCCGACGCCCAAAGCCAGUGCCCAGACAGCAAGGCCGAUGCCGCUGCAGAGGGCAAAGAAGGGCAAGAGGCAGAAGCAGCUGCUAGUGCCACUGCCGCCGACAUGACCGACAUCAAACACAUUCCUAUGACCAUAGACCACCACCACGAACACCAACACCAACAUCACCACCACCACCACCCCACCCAACAACACCUUGGGCCUCACGUUCACUCCCAGCCCGCAUCCUCGACCGUUUCGCCCGCCCUCUUGCAUGUGUAA